UGCUAGGCAAGCGCUCUACCACUGAGCCACAACCCCAUCCCAGGAAGGAUGAUUUUGAUAUGGAGAGUGGUGAAUUCAUAUUUGGAUGUUCAGAAUUUGAGAAAAGGCAACAUCUUGAUGAGCAGUUUGCAGAUCAAGGAAGAGAAGGUCAAACCAGAUACCAAUGGUGUUAUCAAAACCAGUACCACUGCAGAGAAGACAGAUGAAGAAGAGAAAGAGGACAGAGCUGCCCAGUCUUUACUCAACAAGCUGAUCCGAAGCAACCUUGUGGAUAACACUAACCAAGUGGAAGUCCUACAGCGGGAUCCGAACUCCCCGCUCUACUCAGUGAAGUCUUUUGAAGAGCUUCGACUGAAGCCACAGCUUCUCCAGGGAGUCUAUGCCAUGGGUUUCAAUCGACCAUCCAAGAUACAAGAAAAUGCGUUACCCAUGAUGCUUGCUGAACCUCCACAGAACCUGAUUGCCCAGUCUCAGUCUGGCACUGGAAAAACAGCUGCCUUUGUCCUGGCCAUGCUUAGCAGAGUAGAACCAGCAGACAGAUACCCUCAGUGUCUGUGCCUCUCCCCUACAUAUGAAUUGGCACUUCAAACAGGAAAAGUGAUUGAGCAGAUGGGCAAAUUUCAUCCAGAACUAAAGCUUGCUUAUGCUGUUCGAGGCAAUAAAUUGGAAAGGGGUCAGAAGAUCAGUGAGCAGAUUGUCAUUGGUACCCCUGGGACUGUCCUGGACUGGUGCUCCAAGCUCAGGUUCAUUGACCCUAAGAGGAUCAAGGUAUUUGUUCUAGAUGAGGCCGACGUGAUGAUAGCCACUCAAGGCCACCAAGAUCAGAGCAUCCGCAUCCAGAGGAUGCUGCCCAGGAACUGCCAGAUGUUGCUUUUCUCUGCCACCUUUGAAGACUCUGUGUGGAAGUUUGCCCAGAAAGUGGUCCCAGACCCAAACAUUAUCAAACUAAAGCGUGAGGAGGAGACAUUGGACACCAUUAAGCAGUAUUAUGUCCUGUGCAAUAACAGAGACGAGAAGUUCCAGGCCUUGUGCAACCUGUAUGGGGCCAUCACCAUCGCACAAGCCAUGAUCUUCUGCCAUACUCGCAAAACAGCUAGUUGGUUGGCAGCAGAGCUCUCAAAAGAAGGCCACCAGGUGGCUCUGCUGAGUGGAGAAAUGAUGGUGGAGCAGAGGGCUGCUGUGAUUGAGCGCUUCCGAGAGGGCAAAGAGAAGGUUCUGGUGACCACCAAUGUGUGUGCUCGUGGCAUCGAUGUUGAACAAGUGUCUGUGGUCAUCAACUUUGAUCUUCCUGUGGACAAGGACGGGAACCCAGAUAACGAGACCUACCUGCACCGGAUUGGGCGCACUGGCCGCUUUGGCAAGAGAGGCCUGGCCGUGAACAUGGUUGACAGCAAGCACAGCAUGAACAUCCUGAACAGAAUCCAGGAACAUUUUAAUAAGAAGAUAGAAAGAUUGGACACAGAUGAUUUGGACGAGAUUGAGAAAAUAGCCAACUGAGAAGCUCUACCAGCCACUGGUGCCCGCCGUCGGGGCUGCCCCUGUCCAGGAGAUGAGUGCUUUCAUGGCACAGGCCUCAACUGUCACCACAAAGACAAAGGCAUGAGGAGAGAAGCUACCUACCUCAUUUUAAAUUAUGUUUGGACUUGACAAAAAUGUGUGCAAAUAAUGGGAGACAAUUGAAAUUUUGCAUUUUGGAAAUAGUCCUAAAUUCACCCCUUUUAAAAUAUGAUUUUCCCUAUCUUUAUAGUAAUCUGGUUGCUGAUGGUAAUCACUUAUCCAGGGCCUCCCUACCUACUGUCUUUGUGGCGGGGGGCUUGGGACCAGCCUACAGCCCUGAAGAAAUGACAGGUAGAUGUCCUCAGGAGAGGCAGGGCCAGACAUGAGUGUAGUCCCACACCAUGGGUAGAGUGAAGCCGGAGGCUUCUGCACUGCCCCUCUCCUGUGCUUGUUGUGAAUGUUUCUCCUACCCUCAAGUAUCAUCCUGCUGGUUGCUUUACCUUUGCUGUCUGUCUUCAUUGGAAGCUUCCCUCUUCCUCCCUGAUGAACACCAUGGCUCCUUUUAUGAACUUGAGAUUUGGGAAGAAGCAUGGAAGUCAGUGAGAGAGAUUGUUUUGGCACGAGUGGUCAAAUUCUUUGAGGAUAUCUGGGCCUGCUUUCCCCUUUCCAUUUCCAUUGGGUCCUGGUUGUGGCCACCAGGAGACUUGGCCCAGUUAGCCAGUUCUUAUCCAUGGGGUGUCAUGUGGUGCCUGGAGCUGAGCAGAGUUUGGAAAGGAAGUUGUGACCAAGUGAAACUCUAAUUAUGCCGUUAUCCAUAAUAGUGGACUUUUUUGGGUACUUAAUUCAUACAUUAUAUGUAUGAAUAAGGACAGAUAAAUUAUAUGCAUCAUUCAUUAUAAGAAAUUUUAAAGUAAUUAUGAGAAAGGCUUUACUAAUCAUGAUUUGUUAUUUGUAUUUUUCUGCUUAUUAGACUAAUAUAUGCUCAUUAAAAAUAUGUGCAUCUAUAUAUAAUGUGAAAGUGCUCCCUGCCCUUCAGUAGGGGGUCAUAUUGCUUUCUAUGCAAAAGCAACCGAACUUUCUUUUGCAGAAGUAUGAUUGUGCUCUUUGUGCAAUUAUGCAGUCUGCUUUUUUACUGGUCACCAUGUCUUAGACAUGUUGACCCAUCCAGCAUACAUCUACUUCACUCUGGAAAAUGGCAUCACUCCAGCGUGUAAGCAGUCUUGGCAUUUAUAUCCUGGUGGCUCCAAUGAUAGGCACUGGAAGUUUCCAGCGUGCAAGGUUACCCACAGUGCCACAGUGAAUACUUUGUCCUUGUCUUGAAGCACUGGUAAGAAUUGCUCUAGGAUAUAUUCCUGGAAGAAGAACUGCUGGGUCAAAGAAUGGAAAUAUUUAAAUUCCUAAUACAUUGCCAGUUAUUCCUGCCAAAAAGCUUUUUCCUAUUUGUUAUUAUAGUAAUACAAAAAUACUUAUUUACUCUUACCUGCUUGCCAACUUUAUUUUUAAAAUGCCAGUCUGAGUAGCAAAAUGUCAUUGCUAUUUUUUUUUUAAUUUACUGAGCCUUGGCAAAUUUAUAGUUUAUUGGAUAAUUUUAUUUUCUCUUUUUGUAAGCUGCCCAUUCUUGUUUUACUAUUGGGGUAUAAGUCCUUAGUGGGUUUUAGCUCCCUGUUCAUGCUGGGGAAAUUAGACUUUGUCUUAAGUGAUGGAUGUUUUCUUAGUGUUGUUUUGUUUAUGUGUUGCUGAGAAUCGAACCCAGUGCCUCACACAUGAUAAGCAAGUGCUCUACCACUGAGUUACAAUCCCAUCCCCUUCUUAGUGUUUCUUUACAAGUUCAUUUUUUUAAACAUGCCACACAAAAGUUUAUUUUUAAGUGGGUAGGGAUGGAACCCACUGUACAUGCUAGGCAAGUGCUCUACCACUGAGCUAUCCCCAGUCCAAAAGUAAAAUUUCAAUGUUAAGAUUCCAUUUUUUAAGAAAUUUGGAUUUUAUGUCAUGACUAGAAAAAUUUUCUUCAUACUAUAAAAAAUUUACUCAUAUUUCCUGUAGAGACAAUUGUUAAGCAAUACAUUUUUUUUAGUUCUUGUUGACCUUAAAAUGUCAUUAGCUGGACCAGGCACAGUGGCCACAAGCUUGUAAUCCCAGCUAUUCAGGAAGCUGAGGCAGGAGGAUUAUAAGUUAAGGCCAAGCUGCGCAAUUUAGCAAGACCCUGUCUCAAAAAAGUUUAAAAAGUAGCUUAGCGGUAGAGUGCUUGCUUAGCAUAUGCAAAGUCCACAGUUCCAUCCCCAGGAUGCAAAAAAUAAAUUUAGGCAGACUUGUGGUGUGAGUUGCAGUCCCAGCUAUUCUGAAGGCUAAGGCAGGAGGAUUGAUCCCCUUCCAGGGAUCAGCCUGAGCAACAUAGUGAGAACUCAUCUUAGAAACAAGUCAUUGUAGGACUGGGGAUGUGACUCAGUGCUCCUGUGCUCAAUCCCUGGUACCAAAAAAAAAGUCAUUGUUUUGUCCAC